GCUAGUGAUGGUGAAGAAAAUAGAGCUUAUUUUUGUCUCUGUCUCAGCUAUAGGACAUCUUGUAUCAGCUGUGGAGUUUGCUAAGCUUCUUGUUGGUAGAGAUGACCGCUUCUCAGUCACUCUGCUCAUCAUGAAGCUACCUCUUGAGGACUCUGCGGUAACCAACUAUAUCCAUUCAGUUUCUGCUUCCGUUUCCGGGUCCAUUCGAUUUCUCCACCUUCCUGAACUCGACUCAGAUUCAUCCAAUUCCCACCCAUCAUCGUCAUCCCCUAAUAUCUUCUUCUAUAAUAUCAUUGCAAGGCAGAAGCCUCUGGUGAGGGAUGCAGUCCACCAGAUCACUCGGUCUGAGUCGGGUCGACUCGCUGGGAUUGUGGUCGAUAUGCUUUGUACUUCCAUGAUAGAUGUAGCU